ACAUCCUUACUUCUCCCCCCUCCACCUGUUUCUUUCUAACCAUGGAAGCUAAUUCAGCAUCUAAAUGGUUCUUGCUAUACUUAGUGCUGCUGUUUCUAAGUUCCAAGAUGAUACAGUGCAAUGUCACCUAUGAUGGAAAGGCUCUUAUCAUCAAUGGGCAGAGGAGAAUUCUUUUCUCCGGCUCCAUACACUACGCCCAGAAGCACCUCUGAGCAAGCAAUGCAAAGAUUCAUUCGGAAAAUUGUGCACACGAUGAAGGAUGAAAAGCUGCUUGAGUCUCAAUGUGGUCUUAUCAUUCUCUCUCAGAUAAAAAAUGAGUAUGAGGCUGAGAGAAAGAGAUAUGGACAUGCUGGUGUAGCACACAUGAAUUGGGCAGCAAAGAUGGCUGUUGGAAUGGAUACUGGGGUCCCAUGGGUCAUGUGCAAACAAGAUGAUGCCCCAGACCCUUUAAUAAACACGUGCAAUGAUUUCUAUUGUGACUACUUCUCUCCGGACAAGGCUAACAAUCCUACACUGUGGACCGUGGCUUGGACUGGCUGGUUUUCAGUAUUUGGUGGUCCGAAUUAUCAACGACUGUACCAUGGAGGAACAAACUUUGGAAGAACUUCUGGAGGCCCUUUCAUCACUACCAGCUAUGACUAUGAUGCUCCGAUUGAUGAAUAUGCUUUGGUCAGGCAACCUAAGCAUGACUAUUUGCUUCGACUUCAUAAGGUUAUCAAGUUUUACGAAAAAGCAUUGGUUAAUGCUGAUCCAGCUUUCAUAGCUUUGGGAAAAUACAAAGUGGCAUAUGUUUUUAAUUCCGACUCAGGAGGCUAUGCAGCAUUUCUCUCAAACUUCAAUAGAAAUUCAUCGAUGAGGGUCAGAUUCAAUAACAUGCACUAUGACCCAUCUCCUUGGUCCAUCAGCAUCCUUCCUGAUCUCAAAAAUGUUGUUUUCAACACUGCCCAAGUUGGUAAUAAACCAUCCAAAGUGCAAAUCGUACCAAUAAAUGUUACAUUUAACUCAUGGGAGACAUUCGGUGAAAAUGUAUCUUCAGUAGAAGAUGAAUCAACAAUAACAGCCAAAGGACUACUGGAACAAUUAAGCAGCACAAGAGAUACCACUGACUAUCUUUGGUACACAACCAGAGUGGACAUAAGUUCAUCUGAAUCAUUUCUCCAUGGAGGUAAACCUCCUAUUCUCACCGUGAAGUCAGAGGGUCCGGCUGUUGUGGUUAAUAAUGUAACAGGGUCUGCCUUUGGCAGUAGGAUGAGAAGGAGAUGUACUUUUAGAGGGAAUAUCAACCAGCAUGCUGGAGCCAAUCAAAUUUCAAUUCUCAGGGUAGCAAUGGGAUUAAUAUGGGCAGCCAUUUUGAGAGAACAGAAAAUUGGAGUCCAAGAACCAGUUUUUCUGCAAGGACUAGAUGAAGGAACGAGGGACAUAUCCCGGAGUAAAUGGUCAUCCAAGGUUGACCUUAAAGGAGAAUCCGAGGCUCAAGUUCCUUCAAAACCUGUCCCUUCAGCCUUCUUUGAUGCUCCAGAAGGAGAUGAUCCCUUAGCACUGGACAUGAGUAGGAUGUCGAAAGGUCAUAUGUGGAUCAAUGGCCAGAACAUUGGAAGAUACUGGACUACUCCUGCUAAUGGCAAUUGCACAAAAUGCAGCUAUGCUGGUACCUUGUUCCUAGGUCCUGGUUGAAGAAAACACUGAACUCACUUGUAGGUUUUGAGGAAAUUGGUGGGGAUGCAUCAAAGAUUUCUCUUGUGAAAAGAUUGGUAACAAAUACAUAACUUCUUCCCAGCUACAAAGAAGAAGCUUUUCAAAUCACAGAAGCCUAACACAUUCAUGAUUUAUCCGGAAAGGCAAAGGAAAGGGAGAAUGCCAUGUCAUUGUUUUUUUUCGUUUUUUAUCUUCAAUAAAAAUUUCGUAAACGU